GUGGUUCUGGAUGGGGCGGCUGGGUCGGCGCCCGCGGGAAAACUUGGGCCCUGGAGCCCUACCCAAAGCUAUCUCGGCGUUGAGCCGAGCAUUACGCGGAGGACCCAGCCCUGAGACCUUCCGAAAGGCUAAGUUCGACCUCCCCGAGGCGGUCGCGGAGCUUUGGUCUCUGCUUUUCUCUCUCCUCUGGCUCCUUCAUCAGGAAGGUAUUGUGGCCCUUAGGGAUCCUCCUGAUGCCCUGAAGGGCCAGAUCCGUUUUGUAAAGUGGGUACUGUGCUGCCAUGGCUAUGGGAGACGACAUUUUUACCAGCUUCCUGAAGUUGGCACUCAUGGUAGUUGUGAGCUGUUGCUGGCCUUCUCUUGGCUACUUGUAUAUCUCAGCCCGCCAGAGAGAUUUCUGUGCCUAAGCUGUGUACACCAGGGUGAUAAUGUCAGCAUCUGUUCGAGUUCUAAAUUCUGUCUACUUCCCAUCCCUCCUCCACCCACUGAGAAGUGUAAGGACCUUGCCAGUUAUCCAGUUCCAUUGACCCUUGGCCCUAAGAGAAGGGUAGACAUUGCUUAUGUUCAGUGGCUGCUUGGGAAACUGCGUUUCCAGUGGCGGAGUUUGUAUGCCAGUCAGCAAGAACAAUGUACUCUCCUGAAUAAGAUUCAUUUGUACACAAGAGGCUGUCAUCCUGAUCCGAGCAUUGGCCAUCUCUCUGUCCCUGAAACAGAACUCCUCAGGUUCCCAGAAAGUAGCAAGCAACUGUUGCAGCAGUUGGAAUCAGAAAACUCUUGCCUGGAAGCUUUUCUGGAGUGGAAGCAUAUGGAGCUGAUAUACUGGCAGUGGAUGGACACAGUGCUGGAUGCCAAUCCUAUAGGUACUGGUAAUACUGGUAAGCAGGAUAUAUUUUUGCCAGAGAUCCUAGAAUACUGCAGCCCUAAGUAUUCAAAUGGGGAGAUGGACAGAGUACGGAAGAACCUAGAGGCACUGAGGCAAAGACUUCAGGAGGCUGUGAAUCAUCGGAGAGCAGCAUGGCAUACCAAGGUCAGCAGGUGUUCCCAGAGACUGCCAGAACUAAGCACUGUUAUGAUGAAGGAAAUCCAGGAAGCUGUGGGGUGUAAUCUGGCAGCUCUGGAGCAAGACUGUGGAGUCAUGAGCUGGUCCUGUGGGCUGCAGAGACUUGUGUUUAGAAAGACUGGAGAGCCUAGCAGUAGUGGGACCCACCAAGUGACCAAACUAAUCCAGGUACUGAGGAGGGAGGAAGCUAGCCUCAAGAAAACAUUCAGAAGGUUACAGGAGGAAUGUCAACAAGAACUGGCCAGUCUGGCACAUGGACUGGAGGGGGUGAUCUGGAUCCUUCCACCAUAUCUCAGGCGGUGAAAAGAAGGCCUCAUGUAUGAAAUUUUACUCUUUUCCAGAUGUUGUGCCAGUUCAUAAUCGUGAUUGUGGAGGGAAGAAUUAAACCCGAAAUAUGGGCUAGAAUUCAGACCAGACCAGUGCUAUCUCUAGCCAGUCCCCUAUUACUUCUUUUGUAGUUACCUCUGUCUCCUUGUGCUUCCCUCCCAGACCACCUCUUUGUCUACAACUUCCCAAGCAAGUGGUAAUCCACCCUCCACUGAAGGAUCUCCAGUCUAGGAGUUCUGCAUACCCAUUACUUCUACCCAUUAGUGCUAGUUCUAUCCUUUAGGGCCAGACAAAUAAUUCUAAUACUUCAUCCCUAUGAUGGCCCUUUAGGUAUUUGUAGACAUGAUCCUGCUCUCUCUGAGACUUCUUCUCGCUGCUAAGCAUACCUAAUUCCUUCAAUUUAUCCUUGUGUAUUGGUUUUCAAGAAUUGAGUUGCUUCUGCAUCCUUGUCACUUUUUGGACUUGCUUCAUUUUGUCUACAACAUUCCUAAAAUCAGAAUACUUCCGAUGUUGGUUUGACUUGGGCAGAAUGUAUCAGAACUAUGUCCCUUCCUUGCAUUAUACCUGGCAUUUAAGGCCCUCCACAAUAUAGUUCUAAACUACUUUUCUAGCCUUAUUUCAUAUUACUCCCUUUAAUGUAGUUUAUGCUGCAGCCAGAAGUUGUCCCCAUGUGCAAAGUUUGAUUUCUCUUCUCCAGUCCCACCUCAUAUAUUCGCAUAAGCUGUUCCCCUAUCCCUGGAAUGCACUAUUUCCUCAUCUCCAUCUUCAAGAGUCUGAUUUUCUUUCAAGGCUCAGCUCAGAACCUCAAAGCUCCCCCUCCUCUAACUAAAGUAUUCUCUUUAUUUUUAGGGUACCUUUUGGAUCUCUCCUUUGUGUCCCCUAUCACUUCCUACCUUGUGUUAUAUCUCUAUCUUAUCUUUCUAUCUCUCUCUUCCUCCCCACCCUCCUGUAGACUGUAAGCUCCUUGAGAGCUCCUUGAGAACAAUUACAAAAAUUGUAAUUUUUAGAUUUGCCUUCUCAGUUCCUGAAAUGUUUUUGGUACUUAAUAAA